AUGUGUGCUCAUUUUUUUGGGGAACCACUUGUCCAAUCCAGCGGCGACGCGUCAGCACCGGCCGACGAGUUCCGCGGCGCGGACGGGCGCGUGUACCACUCGCACGACGGGCUCGCGCCGCACUCGCACGAGCCGCUCGACAGCGCGGGGAGCUUCGCGCUGCGCGCGCCGCCCCUGCCGAACCGCGACCUGGCGGAGCGCGCGUUUACCCCCAUUGCUCUCUGCUGGCGCUAUAUCGCACCAUCAGAGACCAACUGUCCCUCCCCUCCCCUCUAUGCCCUCAACCAUUCCCCCAUUUCCCCAUCCGCCCCCAUUCCCCCAUUCCCUCUGACGCCCAUCCAUCUCUUUCCCUCUACGACGUUUUCCCCCAAUUUUUCUAUUUCUGGUAUUCCCUCUUUCCCUCGUUCCCCUUUCCCCUCUUUCCCUCGUUCCCUCUUUCCCGCUUUCCUCAUUCCCUCGUUCCCUCGUUCCCUCGUUCCCACUUUCCCUGUUUCCCUCACUUCCCUCAUUCCCACUUUCCCCCAAAACGGCUCUCGUGCUGGCUCUGUGCUGCACGCUAAAGGACAAGAAAGGCUUGGCAGCGGUUACCCGACAUCUUCACUCCCACUCAUCCCCCCUGCACUCCCAUCCCCCCUGCACUCCCAUCCCCCCUGCACUCCCAUCCCCCCUGCACUCCCAUUCCCCCUGCACUCCCAUCCCCCCUGCACUCCCAUCCCCCCUGCACUCCCAUCCCCCCUGCACUCCCAUCCCCCCUGCACUCCCAUUCCCCCUGCACUCCCAUCCCCCCUGCACUCCCAUCCCCCCUGCACUCCCAUCCCCCCUGCACUCCCAUUCCCCCUGCACUCCCAUUCCCCCUGCACUCCCAUUCCCCGCCCGCCCAUGCGCCUAAAGACUGCUCUCAUUCUCGCCCUGUGCCGCGUUCUUAAGUCGACUCUAAAACAGGCUCUGAGACCAGUGCAGCCUGGCAGGCAGGCAGCAGUCACCACGGCAUCUCCACCCUCCUGCUCCCCUGCAUCCCAACUGUUCCCUUGCACGAAGACUGCCCUCAUGCUCGCCCUCAUGCUCGCCCUCAUGCUCGCCCUCAUGCUCGCCCUCUGUCGCACGCUCAGAGACCAAGAGCAGUACAGCCUGGCAGCGGUGACCAACGACAUCUUCACGCAGGAGGACGGCGAGUUCCUGAUCAAGCACGCCGCCCUCUCGCCGCCCGGCCGCAUCCGGGCGGUGGAGACGGGCGGCUGUCCGCACGCCGCCAUCCGGGAGGAUAUCAGCAUCAACCUGGGGCCACUGGAGGAGCUUUCCUCUGAGUUUAAGGCGGAUAUGCUGCUGUGCGAGUCAGGCGGGGACAACCUAGCGGCCAACUUCAGCCGAGAGCUAGCAGACUACAUCAUCUACAUCAUUGACGUGUCGGGCGGGGAUAAGAUCCCCAGGAAGGGCGGCCCUGGCAUCACACAGGCAGACCUGCUGGUGGUGAACAAGACUGACCUGGCGCCUGCGAUCGGUGCUGACUUGGCGGUUAUGGAAACGGACGCGCUGCGCAUGCGGGAUGGGGGGCCCUUGGUGUUUGCACAGGAGGAUAGCUGCACGUGUAGCCUGGUGGUCUUGCAAGCGGGUGCGCUGCGCAUCAAAGAUGGCGGGCCUCUGGUGUUGGCACGGGUGGGUGGGGGACAGGAGGGGAAUGCAUGGAGGUGUGCAUGUGUGUGGAAAGGGGGUUGUGUGAGCCUUGCAGUUAUGGAAAGAGGUGCGCUGCGCAUCAAAGAUGGCGGGCCUCUGGUGUUGGCACGGGUGGGUGAUUAG